AGUGAUAAACUUUUAUAUCUUAGGUCUUUACGAAACUGGAAUAUUUUUCAAUAAAUGAUGUUCACUAAAUACUCGUAGAAAUUUAUUCUGUUUAUUGUGACAUAAUAUUUGGAACGAACCCAUUAGAUCAUAAAUAGAUUUCAUUCGAUCAGUCCAACAAGUACAACUCCGACUCGAAUAAAAACAAACAAAUCAGCGGCUUAAGAACAUCGCUUAAGAAGAUAAAAAAUGCAGCAAUUGAAAGCAAGUGUCAAUCAAGCCUAUGAUGGCUUUUGUGGAUAUAUCGAGAAAAAUAAUCGAAUGACAGAAUUUGGUUUAUACGGGCUUAGCACCGGGAUUCUCGCAUACGCUUAUUUCCGUAGAAGGCCGAUAACAAAAUUCACAAGGGCAUCUGACAUCCCAAAACACUUUGUUGAAGAGAAAGUUCUUCAAACUGGUGUUGUUAAGAAAAUCGAGCCUACAGAGUUUGGACCUCUUUUACAUAUUAAUCAUAAACCUCCAGUUAAUGUUUCCUUUGGAAGUCAAGCGUUGCCAACUCGAGUUGCUGGUGUCAAUAUUGAUGGCAAUGGAUUUAGUUGGCUUCAAAUUUUAGCCACAAGUCAAGAAGUUAAAUUUGUACCGCUUGGAAAUAAAGGUAAAGAAUGUAUGGCAAGAGUUUAUCUGAUUGAGAAAAGCAAAGAACCUUUGGAUAUUGGACGAGCACUUGUUGGAUUAGGAUUUGCUCGUGCAGCUCCAAGAAAUGAUGCAUUGAACAUAGAACUAGAUGAGAAUUUCAUAAAAUAUCAUAAAAUGCUUCAACGUAGUGAGAGCAAAGCAAAACGACUUCGUAAAGGUCAAUGGUCGUCACUACCAGAAAACUGGCUUCGAUGGAAAGUUCGAACAGAACUUGAUAAACUUUUCUUCAGACUAAAGCCUGAGCAUAUGAAAAUCCCUAAGCUAAAAAAAGUAAUGGAAAAGAUUGCUUUUAAUUCAGAUAUGGUUAUUAAAUUAGAACCUGAUGCACUUUCUUCCAUCUGUGACUCAACAUCUUCACUUAUGGAAGGAUGCAGGUUACCAGUACGUAUGUCUGGUACUGAAGAUUGGCCAUUGGCAGAGAUCAUUAGCAUUAAAGAGCACCAGGAUGAUACUUACUACUACGUUCAUUACGUUGAUUUUAAUAAGCGGCUAGACGAGUGGGUUCCCGAGGAAUAUUUGGAUACAAGAAAAGUUCAAUGGCCUCGCAAAGAUGGAUUAACGACAGGACAAAAUACAACCGGCGUUUCAACUCCAAAGAGACUGAUUUCAACUUCUCGUCCAACAAGUCCAAUACAUCAUCACACACCUGAACUUCAAUUAAAUGGCAAUGCUGUACUACAAGCAGCUCUACAAAAGAAAAACAGUCGGAAAAGAAAAGCGCCAUCGAUAUCAGUUGCAACCACCCCUAUAGUAACAAUUGCAACACCAGCCACACCAACACCUGUAACUCCAUCUGUUGAUGAUGAUUCUCAGGAGCCACCGGAAAAAACGCCACGACAAUCUGGCAGUAUGGUGACACAUCACGACGAUAUCGUCACAAGAAUGAAAAACAUUCAAUUAAUAGAGUUGGGAAAACAUCGAAUCAAACCUUGGUAUUUCUCUCCUUACCCUCAAGAACUGUGCACACUUGAAUGCAUUUAUAUUUGUGAAUUCUGCUUGAAAUAUCGAAAGAGUCGAAAAUGUCUUGAGCGACAUAUUUCAAAGUGCAAUCUGAGAAAUCCUCCUGGAAAUGAAAUCUACCGAAAGAACACAAUUUCAUUCUUUGAAAUCGAUGGUCGUAAGAACAAAUGUUAUGCACAAAAUUUAUGUCUUCUUGCAAAAUUGUUCCUCGAUCAUAAAACAUUGUAUUACGAUACAGAUCCGUUCUUGUUUUAUGUCAUGACUGAAUAUGAUAAUCGUGGCUUUCACAUUGUCGGAUAUUUCUCGAAAGAAAAGGAAAGUACAGAAGAUUAUAACGUCGCUUGUAUUCUCACUUUGCCACCAUAUCAAAGGAAAGGAUAUGGAAAAUUACUUAUUGAAUUUAGUUAUGAACUUUCCAAGUUUGAAGGAAAAUGUGGAUCACCUGAAAAGCCAUUAUCAGAUCUUGGUCUUCUUUCCUAUCGAAGCUAUUGGGCGCAUACAAUUCUAGAAAUUCUCAUUGCACAGGAAACUGUCGGUGAUAAUGAAAAGCCUCAAAUUACCAUAAAUGAAAUUUGCGAGUUAACCAGCAUAAAGAAAGACGAUGUCAUCUCAACGUUACGUAAUUUGAAUUUAAUUAAUUACUACAAAGGUCAAUACAUCAUCUGUAUUAACAAAGAUGUGAUUGAUCAUCAUAGAAGUGCUAUGGAGAAAAGAUCAAUAAGAAUUGAUUCAAAAUUCCUUCAUUGGACACCAAAAGAUUGGAGCAAGCGUUCAAAGUGGUGAAUCAAUUUUGUUCUUGAAAGUUGCUUGGAAAUGUUCAGCAAAUGAAGAACAUCAUUUCAAUCUUUAGUUUGAAACUGUGUGUAAAUAUUAUCUUAAAAAAUCUUGUUAAAUUCAGCAUCGAACAACCACCAACUUAAUAUAAAAAUAUUUAAGUUAUGAAACCAAAAUGACAAUGUUGAUCUUGUAAUUUCAUCAAAACUAAUAAACGAGAAAUUUCCAUGACAAGUUCUAUGAGGAAGAAUUUUAAUCCAAUUGAUUUCAAGUCACAUUUUUGUUUAAAAGUUUCUCAAUCAGAAAAGCAAAUUGAGAUUACUUUCCAUCACAUUUGGAUACGUCACAAUUUUAUUAGCAAUAAUAAAUAAUUAAUAAAAAAC